GUAUCGCAGUUGAGCGCAAGUACGCCUCGAUACGUGUCGUCUGCGUCGUGUAUUUUUGACAGCACGUCUCGACGGUCAAUUGAUGGUCAUCGACGUGUCGUGACGUAUCUGACAUUUUUUUCCUCCGGGAAUAGAAGACGCGGAAGGAAGAAUAGAAGGAGGAGGAAGGUCAGAGAGGGACUCAGAUAUUAACCGUAAACAAGAUUCGCGACAUGAGAGAGAUGCGAUAGCGAAAAUGUAUUGUACGACGCUCGGGAGAUGCUUUUGCAGGAGGGACGCGGUGAGGGCCCUGAGCACCGGCGAAAUUUCCACGGCGUUGAGGCCGUUUUACUUCACCGUUCAUCCCGACCUCUUCGGCCAGUAUCCCACGCAAAGGACAGUGAAUGAAAACUCCCUGAAACAAUUGAGUUCAAUCUUAGAAACUCUACAACAGAAGCAACCUAUACGACCAACUGUCUUACCUUUUUACUUGCGCUCUAAAAAUGAGAAAGAAGUGAAAGCUGGUAAAUUUACACUUGUGAAAAUACAAUUGAAAGAAAAAGAUUUAAGACAAGCAAUACUAUCUAUUUUAAAAACAUGCGAUCUACCUACGACAUUUGUCGAUAAAAUCGAGGAACAGAAGCCUCCUGUCACAAAGUACAAAUCUAAAUUUUGGCAACAAAGACGUUAUGGAGAAAGGAUCGAUUUUUCAGAAUUGGAAGAUGAUCCCAUUUAUGCAUCGAUAAUCAUGAAACAAAAGAUUAAUGCAGAACCAGAUACAUUAAAGGCUUAUUUGGAUAAACACAUCAAUGAGGUGCAUGUAAAGUUGGAGGCAUGCAGAUCAACGAGAGAGGAAGUGGAGAAAUUGGAAAAAAUAUUGUGCAAAAUUUUAGGUUUAAAGGAUAUUAUCUGGGACUGCGGGUGGAAUAUCGCUCAUUAUCGUGGUUGUUUAUUAGCUUUCCAGGCUUUAGCAGAGCAUCAUCCAGAAUCCAUGGAAGUAUUAAGAAAUCGGACUCUCGUAUUCGCAAAUGACACUGGUAUCAGUUUAGAAGGCAAUGUUAUGCUAAAUUCUGGAGAAGUCAGGCACAAUUGGCUCGACUUAAUAAAAAACGUAGAAAAACAUGAUGCUGUAUUAAUGAAAUUGCCGGCAUUUGAGAAGGCAGUGUCCCAAGUACUCCUCGAUAUUAAAGUCGGUCGACGAGUGCUCUAUAUGUGCAGGAAAUUCAUGCCUAAAGUAAUGGUCGGCCAGUAUGAACGACAACUACGACAAUUCACAACUACACUCUCAGAUUAUCGUGGCAAGAGAAAGUAUCCGAAUUCUUGGCCGGCCAGUCUAUCAGCCUAUGAAAUUGUCAUCGAAGCUGAAGCAGGUCCAUUGAUGUUAUCGCCGACUGGACAAUUCAUCGUACCAUCGUCGUGUCCAAGCUUCCUUUUAGUGAAUUUCAUUACUGAAAAUUUAGAAGAGGCUACAAAAAGAUUACAUCAUUAUAAUAACAUAAAACAUGUAGAACGAGAACUUCAUCAAAAGACUAUCAAAGAAUUAGGUUUAACCACACUCAACAAAGAUGAUAGCAUCACACCAGAUCUGAUGAUACAAUGUUGUGAGCGACUGCUUUUACAUAAAAAAAAUCUAGCACCAUCUCUUGAAGGUGUUAUGCUUUGGGUUACUCAUUAUUAUUCUGUUAUGAGUGACGGUGUUCUUUGCGUGCCAUGGGAUUGGAAGUUUAAAAAAUAAAAUUCAUUAACACGAUUAUUAUUAAGCUAUAAUAAAAUAUUAACGUAUUGUAUCGUGAAUUGUGACAAUGUGGAUAUUUUAUAAGUUUCGAGAGAUUUACAGAACACAUAAAUGAUACAAUUACAAGAUUCUAGCGAUUUAGAGCAAAUAAUUAUUUGUAUACAUAGAUGAACUACUACAGUUUAUAUUAUAAUAGUUAAUGCCAUUAGAGUCAAUAUUAUUAUGUAAUAGUUAUUGACAUGUUUAUUAAACAACAAUUUAAAUGUAAACUCUUGCUGAAACUAUUAUACUAUUCUUAUUAAUGUCAUGUAUUUAAUUUCAUAAGAAUCAGUGGAUCCUAUGAGAACAUCUGUUAAAUAUGCAACUAAAAAGAAAAUGAAAAUGAUGAAAUUGUAUAUUUUUAACGUUAAAAGUGAAGCUAGUCUUGAUAUCCUUUGCAAAAGGCUUAGUUUGUAUAAUUCAGAUAUUCGAUGCUGCAUAUGUUGUACAAGAGAAUAAGGUACACUUAUUCUUUCUCUAUAUAUUUUUUUAACAGAUUUAAUUCUAUUGAUUUGUGGUUUAAAAAGUAUGUAAUUUAUGAACUAAGACUAAAGAAUAAAAAAUCACAAAUUUCGCAAUAAGCGAUU